UGAAAAUGAAGAGAGUGGCUGUAGUGCUUUUUGUAGUCUGUAUGAUUUGUUUUCAUGAGGUUGAUGGGGUUGGCCUUUCUUAUGAUUUCUACGAGAAAUCCUGUCCACAAGUUGAGAUGAUUGUGAAACAAGGGCUGGGAUCAGUUUUCUUAUUGGACCCCACUAUUCCUGCUGCUUUGCUCAGGCUCCUGUUUCAUGACUGCCAAGUUCAGGGCUGUGAUGCUUCAAUCCUGCUUGACGAUACAAACAUAACAUCUGAGAUGGCAUCCGCCAAGAACUUUGGGAUUCGAGGAAGGGAAUCGAUAGGCAUCAUCAAAUCGAUGGUUGAAAAGGAGUGUCCACAAACGGUCUCUUGCUCAGACAUUCUCGUGUUGGCGGCCCGUGACGCUGUCGCUUCCUCUGGUGGGCCUCAAAUAAGAGUUCCUCUGGGUAGGAGAGAUGCCAUUACUUCGAGCUACCAUCUUGCCGAUGCUUCUCUCCCUCUCUCAACCACAGGAGUAGACGAAAUGCUUCGCAUCUUCACCGCAAAAGGGAUGUCUGUGGAGGAAUCAGUUGCAAUUUUAGGCGCUCAUACGAUUGGAAUUACACACUGCAUAAACGUCAUUGACAGUUUGGACAGACCCAAAAGCCACAACAGGCGAACAGAAUCGCAUUUCCAAUCGUUCUUGAAAUUCAGCUGUCCGAAAGCAAUCCCAGCUGCGAAAUCUUUCUUCGUUGGAAAUGAUCUUACCAACUUCGCAUUCGACAACCAGUAUUACAGGGACACAAUCAGCGGCCGUGGGAAUCUGAGGAUCGAUUCUGAUAUGACCACAGACCCACGAACAGCUCCGAUCGUAGCAUGUUUUGCAGUGGACCAGGCCUACUUCUUUCAAUCAUUUACAUCUGCUUUCUUGAAAUUAUCUUCUUAUAGUGUCCUAACUGGAAAUCAAGGUGGGGUGCAUAGGAGCUGUAAUAGAGUAGAUUGACAGGUAUUAUGGUUAUGAAAUAACAGUAGUGGCCAAACGAAUUCAAUGGUAUAGAUUGAUUUCAUCAAAAGAAAGGCCAAUGAAAAAGCAACCAUAUUUGUAGUUGAUACUUAGUUUAUUGUGUUAUAAUGUUCCAUGUGUAAAUUGAAUGCGGAAUAGCAAAGUAGAGAUCAUAUGAAUUAAUUAGCAUACCUUGUUGAGAUGC